AUGCCAAAAGCAGAUCUUGCCCUCUAUAUCAAGACCCUGAACUCCAUGGACAGCAUGCUGAGGACAGUGGUGCUCAGCUUUCCGGCCUCUCGAGUCAGCGAGGAGCUGCAGGGCAUCUUGGAGCUGCUGCUGGACUUCACCAGAUGCGAGAGAGAGGCUGUGAGGGAGAGGGCCAUGGCAAGGAUCGAUGUGCUGGCCCGUGUGCUGUCUGACUAUUCCACUCUGCAGGCCAAUGCCAACGCCAGAAGAGGCACUGCUGGACCUGUCUGCUCUGGGGAGAUCCAGCUCCCACUCCUAGGAAAGCUGCUGGGGCGUCUCAUCCUUUUCCGGUUCUCCGAGGAACAGACAAGCUGUGCAGCUUUCCAUGCUCUUUUUGCCCUGGCUGAGUUCAUCUUCGAAUCCAGGCUAAAGGACAGAGCAGACCAAGUCCACUGGGAAGCCGUGACCACCUCCGCGCUGUGUUCUCUGAGCGCCAGGGACUGUGCCAAGACCUUUGGAAAAUACCUGCAGUCCCACGAGAGGACGGAUGUCAUCCUCGUGGCCAUCGAGGCGUUGGGAGAUGCCAGCUUCCUCGACCAGCAGGUGCCCAGCAGCCUGCUGGAUGUGGCCUUGGAAGACCCGAACGUCUGGCUGACGGACGCGCCCAAGAUAGUCAGCAGCAUCCUUGAGAGCCUGCCAUACUGCAGCACACAGGCAGCGUGGGAGAAAGCGGAGUCACUGCUUCGCCUGAUGACCAACCUGUACCCCACCACAGUGGUCAUCCUCCUGUGCAAGGCGGCUCUUCAAGGAGACAGCACUGCGCCGGAGCUGUGGGAGCUGAUGUCCUCCAUGCCGGAGACACUGUCCAAGAUCUUGGAGGACUUUGCCAACCUGCUGCACAGACAGUGCUUCCGCUGCUCCGCAGAAGGCCCCCGCACCCAGCCCAUGGCUUCAUCCUCCAGGAAGGCUGAGUGGGAGGAUUUGGCUGACGAGCCCGACAUCGAGAGCCAUCAGGGCUGUCCAAACGAGAGGACGGCCAGGCUGCUGCUGGAAGGGCUCGUCGGGCUGUCGCAGAGAGCCGAGAUGGCCAGAAACAUCGAACUCUUCCUGCCGGGCAUGAUGAAGAUCCUGCAAGCUGGCAGCGAAGAUGCCCAGAUGAAGAUCCUGCUGGCCUUGCAAAACGUUCUGCGUCAGCUGAAGAAGAGCAAGGCCAGCUUCAUCGCUGUGCAGCUUGUGGGGAGGCUCCUGCCCCUCUUUGACUCGGAGUGCAGCGAGCUGCGAGAGCUGUCCAUCCGCAUGCUCACGGAGCUGCUGCAGUUGGUGGUCGGCAGGGAUGAGAAGAGGAUGAGGAAGGAGGUGUGGCGGGCACUGGUACCUCUCCUCUUCCGCAUGAGCGACCAGGUCCCCAGCGUGGCCAAGGCCUCCAGGGAAGCCCUUCUUGCUGCCGCAGAGCUGCUGAAGUGGAAGACGCUCAAGCACCUGCUGCAGAGAGAGCGGCUGUGGGAGCUUGGAGCGUGCUUGGUAAGGACAAGCUGAGGGGCCCGGG